ACUGGCGAGAUGUGCGGGAGCUCGAACCCUACGAAGGCGACGACAGAAGAAGAGGAGGAGGAGGACCCGCAGUACUCGGUGGAAUUCAGGGCGGCCAGAUCAUUCGCCGCGGCGGUGAAGGCAAAUCCAGUUGGAAGCCAGCACAUUGCUUCAGCUUUCGGCGGCGUCUAGUGAGAUCCCAGUCCCAUUCCCCUCCCCAAUCACAUUCCCCUCUGUUGCUAGGGUUAGGGUUAAUGUAGUUCUAGGGUUUGUGUGUGUUGUAGUUCUAGGGUUUGUGUGUGUUAUAGUUCUGUAAUUAGAAUGAUAUAGUUCUUUAAUUAGAUGCUUACAACGAGGGUUUCUGUAAAUAGAAGGAUAUGAAUUGUUGCACUCAAAUGAUGUUCUGCUCUGGUCUAUACUAGCUUGCUUCAGUUUUCCUUAAGUACUUAUAGUGCACUAUUGUAUUAUUAUUUGCAGUCUUGAAGAUGAGGUUUGGGAAUUGAGGAUGCAUUUUCAUGACAGAGAUAAUAUUGAAAGGAGUAUGAUGAUGUCAGACAUCACAUAUUACAAUUUGGUAGCACUUAUGGAGACAGAAGGGUAUGGUUUUAGAGAUUAUAUGUAUUAUGUGAGGGACCCUGGGCUAGGGAUUGAAGGAAUGGAAGAAAUAGAUGAUGAUGAUAAGUUAGAGGAAAUUUUAGACCACAUAGCAGAGCAGAAUAACAAGAUAUUGAAUGUGACAAUAGUUAGGGCCAGUGCAGAGAAAGUUCCCAAUAUAAAUACCAGUGUUAAUGUCAUUGAGAUGCAGACCCCAAUAGAACAAAUUGGAGAGCCCAAACUGUAUCAGAUUGAUGAUGAAGGAGUGUUGUUCAAUGCUGAAAAUGUGCAUGUAGAAGCUGAGAGUUGUGAUGCAGGAGGAGAACAAGAGCCAAUGCCCUUGCAGUUUGACACACAGCAGAGCAGAAUAAAUGUGAGCCUGGAACCUGCUUUAGGUGAUGCAGUAGUGGAAGAAUACCAUGUGACUGACAAUUCAGAGGAGCAACUGUUAAUAGAGCAAGAAAUGGAGGAGAAAAGGAGAAAUGAAAUUGAAAUGUUUAGGAAGAACAAGAAGGAAAGAGCGAAGGAGACUUGUUUGAACAGGAAAGCAGCAGUGAUGGACAAUGAAGAGGAUAGUGAUGAUGAUGAUCUGGUAGAAUAUGGUGAUAUCUUAGCUAGGCUUGAGGAGAUGAGAAGACAGAGGAAUGACCCAGAACUUCAUUUUGAAGGGGACACAGAUGUUGAGGAAAUGUGUGACUCAGAGGUGGAUGAUGAGCUGUAUGUGCCACAAGGUGAAGAAGAGGAUGUAGAGGAGGAAGAGGAGGAGGAAAUGGAGGAAGAGGAACAAGAGGAUGAGCUAGGGCAAGAUGUACCAAACAAGAGAAGGGCCAAGAGACAAAGAAAAGGCCCAACAAGCAAUUCACAUGGGAGUAUAGAAGACAUGUUUGAGGAGGACUGGAUUCCAUCAUCUGAUGAGGACAAGAAACCACAAGACCUUGGUGUGGAAGAUGAUGAUGGUGCUGAGGCAUUGGCAUAUGUGUUGCCCAAUGGUAGAAAAAGCAGAGCAAAGAAGAUGAAGAAGAGGUUAUGGUUUGAUGAGCACAGAGCUCAUCCAGAGGAGCAAUUUGUGAAGCAUCUUUGCUUCUUAAAUGUGUACCAGUUUAGAACUGCACUUCAAACCCUGCACAUUGCUCAAAACAGGAACUUUGUCUACCAUAGAAACUGUAGUGAUAGGGUGAUAGCACAGUGCAUAGAUGAGCAAUGUCCCUUCUAUAUAGCAGCUUCUCAGAUUGCAAAUGAGAAGUCAUUUACAAUUAGGAAGGUGUAUUUAGUGCACACAUGCCCUUCUAUGUUAGAGAACACUAAAGUCACUGCUAAGUGGGUUUCAAAAUUCUGUGAGGAGGCUAUCAGAAAUGACCCAUGCACAACAAUCACAAGUAUUAUUAAUACUGCAAAGAGCAAGUAUGGUGUGGACAUAUCAACACACAUGGCAUACAGGGCAAAGAGGGCAGCAAAGGCUGUUGUGUUAGGAGACCAGAAAGCCCAGUACACCAGGAUUAGGGAUUAUUUACAGGCUGUGUUGGAUACAAAUCCAGGUUCAAGAUGCAUUGUGACAACAAGAUAUCUGAAGGAGCAUCCAAGCACUAACCCUAGGUUUCAUGCACUGUUCAUAUGCUUGAAUGGAUGCAAAGAAGGGUUUCUCAAUGGCUGCAGACCAUUCAUAGGUCUAGAUGGUUGUUUCAUCAAGCUCACUACUGGUCAACAAAUUCUAGCUGCAACUGGAAGAGAUGGGAAAAAUAAUAUUUUUUCCAUUGCUUUUGGAAUUGUUGAUAAGGAGGACACUAACUCCUGGACCUGAUUUUUAUACGCAGUUGAGACAAGCAUUAGGUGGAGAAUCUGGGAAGUUUGGGAACUACACAAUAAUUUCAGAU